AUGCCAUAUAUCCCGAACCCUACUCCCUCCCUCCCUCCCUCCCUCCCUCAUCUACUCACACCCAACCCCCAACAACAACCCAACCCUCCCUCCCUCAAAAAUGACCCCCAUCCACCUCACCUCAUCCUAAUCACCCUCCUCCUCCUCAUACCUCCCCCAGUAACCCCCUGGACCCUCACCCUCCGCAACUCCUCCACUACCUCCGGCACAACCAUCAUCCACGAAACAACCCCGCAACCCUGCACCCCAAUCCACCACCAAAAAGGGUACGAAUUCUCCUUUGAUCCCGAAGGACCCUGGUGUUUGGAUUUCUGGCGCGAAGAUACAUGCGUUACCCGUAUUGGGUGGUCUUGUGAUGGAUUGGUGUGGAGGAAGGUUGCAUCGCAGAAUCUUUCGGCUUUUGAUGUUUAUGGUAUGCCUGAUGGGGGUGGGAGUGUUACUGGAGUUGGGGCUGGGGCUGCGACGGGGACAGGGACGACUACUUCACAACAAGGGGAUGGCAACGUGGGUGUGAAGUUAGGAUCGAGGGUAUCGGGUGGUGUUAUUGCGGGUAUAGUGGUGGGAUCUGUUGCCGGGUUGCUGUGUUAGGGGUGCUGGGGGUUUUGUGGUGGAGAUGGGGUCGGAAGCUGAGGGAUGGAGAUGGAGUUGGACAGGGUACAGAUGGUUCGGGACAUGAUGGACAACGACCUGCUGUGGGAGGCUGUGUGGCGGGUCAGAAGCCUGCUGUGUCGGAGAUGCAAGAGGGGUGUGUGGACUCGGCGGAGUUGUAUGCUGAUACUGGAUCUGGGAUGAAGAUGGCUGAGGUAUCGGGUCAGAGGGUGAGUGCGGAGUUGGGGGGUCGUGAAGUGGUGGAGUUGGAUGGGGGUGGAUAUGAGAGGAAGGCUGGGUAGGUUGUAUGGGAUGGUAGUUUCAUUCGAGUGUGGUGGUGCGGACUUGAUUGUGAAUGAGUGAUGGUAUGUUGCUGGGUGGUAUCCUGUGAG